AUGGUUUGGCCGUUUAGUUCGACAAGGCCUACGGCAUCACCAUCGCCUAACUUAUCAAAUCCAGAAACACAAUCAACUUCGAUAUCUGAUUUAGCAGUAAUGGAUUCAGUAGUAUCUGAAUUAGGUGACACAUUGGGUUCUGACAGAGAUAGUAUGAGUAUGGCUGGUUUGGAUAGAUCUCCGAUAUUUGCAUUAGAUCAGUUGAAGCAGGCUGGUGUACCGUUUGAGAAACAGUUAUCGCCUUACCUGCAAAUGGAUCCAACCGUUUUCCGAGAAUCCACACCUCAGUAA